AUGCGAGCGUUUACUCUGACUUUCUUCAUUACGAGUGCAUUUGCGAAAUGCACUCUUUGGCCAGGAGACAAUCGAGAUGAUUUAUUUUUGUCUCCAUACGAUCAAUUUGAUAAAAUAGGAAGGGAUUGCUUUGGCUUUGAACAAGAUACGACGAUUUUGGGGGACAUCGCAAGAUUGUUUGAUGUUAUUUACGGCCGGGGCUACUACAGGUCUUGGUCUGGUCUGGGAAGAUUUUAUAGCGCUCUUGACACAGAAGAAUUAUUCGAACGAACGAUCGAGACAGAUUUCGUUCUUGCUGGAUAUUACUUGCUGGACGAGUCGACUACAUCUUCGAUCUUGAACGGAUCAGAGGUCGGCUUCGUCUCUUCGCCAAUAUCAUCUGUCGUCAAUCUUUUCGAUUGGCUCUCUUAUGGAAUUGUUGCCUUCGAAGCAUUUGAGCUAAACUAUUAUAACGACGAGAAAAAUCUUCCUUUGGAAGAACUGGUCACCUCCAUGCGCGACUGGUUCAUGGGAAUCGUCGAUUUUCUCAAUAGAUAUUACAUCGAUCAGAUUUCUACGAUAUCGGCCAUUUUUCUAAGCAAUUCUUCACCGGACGUUAUCGCUUUGAAAAUUCUCUUCUUUGAAUUGGACUAUUUCUUCAACUGGCUUCCAUCUAUUCUCCUCUACGAUUUCACGAGGGUUCAAACUGCUUAUUUUGAGCUAGCGAAUGAAAUCGCUUAUCCUCCCCAUUCAAACUCCACUUAUUUUCAUGAAGAAUAUUGGCCACAAUAUAUCAACAAGAUAACAACAUUAUCUCACAAGCUUUUCAGAGAAUUUUUCAUGCUGAUUCAUGAGCCAUUCUUACGUUACCAUACUUGCCCUGAAACUGAUGAAAAAUGCUCUUUUAUAAGAUACUUGGAAGAAAAUCUGCAGGGAAAUAUAUUGUACUUAUAUUUGGAUUUUAUGGCAAGUUUUGAAGACGGGCUUAUCUAUGUUGAUAAUAUUUUCGUCGCUCUUUCAACAAUAACAUGGCUGGGAAGUUUUGCCGAACGAUUUUUCCUCUCGAUCGGAGACAUCGUUGAAAUCAUCCUCGAAAUCGACGAUAUUGUCGUCGAGCUGGCUCUAGAAUUUGCACGAGCCUUUGGUCAGCUUCUUUCUGAUCUGCUUGCUUCGAUUCUCUCUUCUGCGGUUUAG